UAGAGCCUCAUUCCUCCUCUGUCGCUACCACUGUGUACCGUAUUUCCUUUCCUUGUCAUGCUACUCUCCCUUCCAGUGAUACGGUACUGAGUGGGGGAAAGAGUAUUCGAACAAGAUGGGAAAUCGCGAGUUCUGUCAGUGGCCUCUCGGACAUGAAAGUGUCGGGUUAGUGAAGUUUAGUGCGCUCGUUGCUUUUUCUCGUCAGUUUACCAUAAUUUCAUGCAGUUAUAGAAUUAGUUUUUCGAGUUAUAUCAUUCUAUAAGUGCAACAUUCAUCAAGGUGUUCCGCGAGCCAAUCAUAAGGAUGACAUUGACCAAUCAAUAUAUGGAAACUAGAGUAUAACACGAAUGAACAGUACACGAUUCAUCUUUCUAAUUUACACACCAUGGAUCAGCUGCAAAUAAGAAUGAUACUGUUGCGCCAUCUUGCGCUAGUUUGCGCAAUUUUGUACGAUUUUGCGCCGCGUGUUUAUGUGGCUUGAGAUUUUAUCAUACUUAUUCGAUCAUAGAGUGGAAAUACGGUAUGUGUACCCGAACUUUAAAGUGGUAAUGUAAAUGAAAAUUCAUGUAUCGCAUUCUCACGAUUGUUUCAUCUAUCAUGGCAGUUGAUCACAUCGGCUCGAAUCACGAAAAGUAUGGAGCAGCCGGCGAAGCAUUGAAGGGAUCCAGGAUCUUCCGUGCGAGGGAUUCGCGGGUGGUUCCCGUGGAAACUCGGGAUAUGCGGCCGGUGGCCGAUGCUCCUUAGGUUCGUUGCUCUGCUGACGAAAUCAUGCUGUCGGUAUGCGGCAGAUUGGCGCACUUCAAGAAGAGAUUAAAGGCUCGCGAGCUGGAGCUUCGAAAUACAAACCGCGUAUUUGGUGGAUAAGAUGAGCAAGAACGUCGAACUACUCGCUGGGUCGGAGGACAGUGAACAGAUACAAGUGGAUAAUAGUCGCGUGGAAGAGAGAUCGCGACUGAACUUGAACGGGAGCCGUCAGCUCUCGAAAAGCGCCACGGAGCUCCGGAACAACGACACCAGUUCGCCGUCACGACGCGGUGAACAAGCCGAAUCCAGUGUCAUACAUCAUCAUCGGCAUCAUCGACAAGCCACCUCGGUGGCGCAACGAACGCACAUAUUCUUCGCGACCUUGAAGAGCCGGUGGGCUCGCAAUAGAAGUAAAGAAAGAAAAAAAUCGAAGGAUGCCGGAAACGUACUAUCGCAGGGUAUCGAGUCCGAUUAUGCUGCCGAUUACUCUUCUGAACACAGUAAAAGUUCGUCGGCUACCCAGAGUCCGGCUAGACACUGUCUCAAUCACCCAGAGUCGCCGUUGGUAUAUGCAGGAAGGCAGAAUGUCGUGACGAGACCGGAAGACAGCCCUGGAAAAUCCAGCGAAACUCAUUCGAAAGGAUCCUUGAGCUUCCAACCAUCAAAGGACUCAAACGAAGAUGCUCGAGGAUCGAUCAGCCAGGAUGACAGUGCAUUCCUUCAGGAGGAACUUACACGUAGGAGAGAAUUGGCAUUGAGGCAGCAUGCUUUCUUUCAGCUUCGUUUGCACAUCAGAAGAGGGGCGAAUCUCGUUGCUAUGGAUAGAUGUGGCGCCAGCGAUCCUUACGUGAAAGUGAAAAGCGGAGGUCGAUUGUUGCACAAGUCACGGACCGUUCACCGCGACCUAAAUCCAGUUUGGGACGAAAGUGUGACCCUGCCAAUAGAGGAUCCUUUCCAGCCUCUCACAUUCAAGGUCUUCGACUACGACUGGGGCCUGCAGGAUGAUUUCAUGGGCGCGGCACAAUUGGAUCUCACUCAACUGGAUCUAGGUCAACCACAGGAUAUUUUGUUGGAAUUGAAGGACCACAACAGACCCAAACAACAUCUGGGGGAGAUAUGUUUGACUGUUACACUUUGGCCAAAGAAUCAACAGGAAAAAGAACAGUACUUCCAAAGGACCAAUCGAUUGGCAGACGUAAAUAGACGGCUGAAGUCGCAAAUAUGGAGCUCCGUAGUAACGAUUGUUCUUGUGGAGGCGAAGAAUCUAUUACCGAUGGAUAUAGAUGGUCUGUCGGAUCCCUAUGUCAAAUUUCGUCUCGGGACAGAAAAGUACAAAUCAAAAGUGGUACACAAAACCUUGAAUCCUGUUUGGUUGGAACAGUUUGAUCUUCACUUAUACGAAGAUCCUUAUUUAAAUCAAGAGUUAGAGGUUACGGUUUGGGAUCGUGAUAAAAGUCACCAGGACGACUUAAUGGGCAGAGCGGUAAUUGAUUUGGCAACACUUGAACGCGAAACGACUCAUCGUUUAUGGCGAGAUCUUGAGGAUGGCUCUGGGAACAUCUUUUUGCUGUUGACUAUUAGUGGUUCCACCGCCAGUGAAACGAUCAGCGAUUUAGCUGCACACGAAGAGACCCCUCGUGAACGUGAACAAAUAUACCAAAGAUACGCAUUCAUGAACACGUUGCAGAGGGUACGAGAUGUUGGCUAUUUAACAGUGAAGGUAUUCAGAGCACAAGGUCUAGCAGCAGCCGAUUUGGGUGGCAAAAGCGAUCCUUUUUGUGUCUUGGAGUUAGUGAACGCCAGAUUGCAGACCCAGACAGAAUAUAAGACGCUCGCGCCAAGCUGGCAAAAAAUAUUCACCUUCAACGUAAAAGACAUUAAUUCGGUGCUAGAGGUGACAGUAUAUGACGAGGACAGGGACCAUAAAGUAGAGUUUCUCGGGAAAAUCGCCAUACCUCUUCUGAAAAUAAGAAACGGUGAAAAGCGAUGGUAUGCGUUGAAGGAUAAAAAAUUGAGGGGCCGAGCCAAAGGAAAUUCUCCGCAAAUUCUCCUAGAGAUGACCGUAGUGUGGAACGUUAUUAGGGCGUGUAUUCGAACGUUAAAUCCCAAAGAGAAGAAAUAUAUGGAGCCAGAAAUAAAAUUCAAAAGACAAGUAUUUCUGCGCAAUGUUCUUAGGCUGAAGGCAAUCAUCGUUAUUGUCAUCGACAUUGGAAAAUACGUGCAGAGUUGCUGGGAGUGGGAAAGUAAAAUGAGGAGCAUCGUCGCGCUGGUCAUCUUUAUUUUGGGUUGUUACUACUUUGAGCCUUACAUGUUUCCUGGAAUGGCACUCCUAAUCUUGUUAAAGUAUUAUCUGGUCGCAUUAAUAACUGGUACGCCUUUGUCACAUCACUCGAGUUCCCACUUCCACGACGAAAUCGACGAAGGCCCUACCACCCCAGGAGAUGACGAUGACGACGAUGACGAUAAAGAUAAAGAAGAGAAAAAAAGUCUGAAAGAGCGACUGCAAGCAAUUCAAGAGGUAACCCAGACUGUUCAGAAUUCAAUUGGUUACAUAGCCAGUCUCUGUGAACGGGUGAAGAAUCUCUUCAAUUUCACUGUUCCCUAUCUAAGUUACUUAGCCGUGAUCCUGACAAUCCUCGGGAUCGCUGUCCUUUACUUCAUUCCCCUUAGAUACCUUAUCUUGGUGUGGGGCGUAAAUAAAUUUUCCAGAAAGAUCGUCCGACCUCACUCAGUUCCGAACAACGAGCUUCUUGAUCUCAUAUCUAGAGUGCCAGAUGAUGAGGAGCUUCUUAAUUACAGAGAGUUAAAACCACUACCAACUGCCGAUUGCGAAAAGGGCAGUACUUCUGGCAGUCCAGGUGUCUCAGGUUUAACGCGAAGGGAACAGAGGAAGAGGCACAAGGCCGCGUAGCAGCAUGCCCCGCGGCCAGAAGUCGCGGGUCUACGAUCACCGAGCAUCCUGAGGACAGUCCUGCUACGCCGGAAGAUGCGUCAGCGAAAGGGAUCAUCGGAGAAUCCGGAUGUGAUCGACAUAGACUGAGAAACGUUUGUUUCCACUCGUAGUCAUUUAGCUAGGGGGAGGACUUCAUGUUUCUGGUUUCCAGUCUUUCUAAUCGCGUUAAGAACACCCCGCGUGGUAUGUCUUCGAAGUCAGAACUGUUUUAUCUUUGGGGUAGUCUGUUUCAUGUUAUCGAGAGAAAUAGAUAAAGUAGUUAGAAAGGAGUAAAAAGAGAUCAACCACCAGAUGGUCGAGUUCAGUGCAACAAAAUAAAUAUAUUGUAAUUACAAUAUUUGGAGGAACUUUCUUGUUUUUAUAGCAUAAUAAGACAUUCAAAGUUUCAACUAUAUACGAUAAUUAAAUACAAGUACCAAUAAUACAAGUCACUAGAUUCGGUAAUAAACGUACUGGGAACAUGUAGUAAUGUUUACCAAGCGAGUAUUAACAAAAAAAUUUAAUUUAAUUAGUUAAUAAAUAAAUAUAAAAAAGUUAUACAUCAUUGUCGACGAAUUUACCGGGGCAUACCACGCAAAAUUGUUAUUAGAUAUUUCAGUUCAAUAGUUAGAACACGUCGACGCAGAAGUACAUCAAGAAUUUAAUAAAAAACAGUAACUGGUGUUUUUUCAUCUAGGUAAUAUUUCUAAAAUAUAAACGUGCAGUAAGAGCACAUUAGUAUUUGUAUCGAACAACUCGGCUAUAACUGUGUUGGUAAAUCUGCGUGCGAUGGCUCAUUGACA